CACCAGUCCAUGCGACUCCAUCGGGCACUCACCAUUCCAUCUUGCAUUUUCUGCACUUGCGGUCUUUACGUUCUGCAUUAACUUGGUACUGGGUGUGGAAUUGUGUGUUUGUCAUUCAGCCUCAACCUGCUUCGCCCCUGCAUCUCUUGUCAUCUUGCAUUGGUCUAUUACUUCCCCUGCGACACUCCUGCUCAACAUGUCGGAAUCUCCGCCGCCCCCACCGUCGUGGAGUAUAGGCAGUAUGGCCAACAGUGCAGUCCAGUUUCUGCGUCUUCCGAUGCUAGCAUCGUCUGGCCUAGCUGUUGUUGCUAGUGGUCUCUUGUAUUUCAAGCAAAAUGAGCUUAUCUACCCGCGAAAUAUCCCUGCCGAUGCACGCACAAGUGUCCCCAAACCUCGCCAGUUCGGCCUGGAUGACUACGAGGAGCUCCAACUUCGCACGCCGGAUGGCGAAUCUUUGCAUGCCUACUUCAUUCGUGCUCCGCCCAAGCGAUUGGACCAGAACCUUACCAUCUUAAUGUUCCAUGGAAACGCAGGCAACGUGGGCCAUCGCAUUCCCAUCGCGAAGGUCCUACAAGAUUUCUUGGGAUGUCAUGUUCUGAUGCUAGAGUAUCGGGGCUAUGGUUUAUCCACUGGGGUGCCUGACGAGAACGGACUAAAAAUUGACGCUCAGACAGCGCUCGAUCACAUUCGGCAAAGGGGGGAGACGGCGGACUCGCGGGUUAUUGUAUAUGGCCAGAGUCUUGGAGGAGCUGUGGCGAUCAACCUUGUCGCUGCCAACGAAGAUAAGGGUAAUAUUGCCGGGUUGAUUCUCGAAAACACCUUCCUUAGUAUCCGGAAAUUGAUCCCAAGCGUCUUUCCCCCGGCCCGAUAUCUUGCUCGAUUCUGCCACCAGACAUGGACGAGCGAGGAGGUUCUGCCAAAGAUAACUCAGACCCCUGUGCUCUUUCUGAGCGGGUUAAAAGACGAAAUUAUACCACCAUCGAACAUGACACAGCUGUUUGCUAUCUGCAACUCCAACCGCAAAGUAUGGCGAACACUUCCAAACGGAGCACAUAACGAUAGUGUGGCCGAGCCUGGAUACUUCGAGCAUAUCCAUUCUUUUGUUACGGAAGAAAUCCUCAAAAAUUAACGAAAUCUUCCUUUACCUUAUGACUUACGAAUGCGCUUCUUGACCGCGUCGACUUCCAAGGCCAAGCUGAUACUUGCUUGGAACCUUGUA